AUGGAGAUCGAGCUCGCUUAUGGUGAAUCUCGCGGAUACUGGAAACAUUAUUCACCCGGGAAGUGGUUCAAACAAGCGAAAGCCGUUGGCAAGAUCAACAACGUAAAAGCUACUCUGUUAUUUGAUUCUGGUGCUGAAGUGUCGAUCAUUGACACCACCUUUGCUCGUGAGGUCGGUUGCAAUAUUGACGAAAGUCAACGACAAGAAUGUAUCGGGAUUGGAGAAACUCCGUACAUGACGGUAGGACGUACCAAGAUCAAGGUGACCCUCGUGGGAUCGCUGGUAUACUAUUUCAAUGUAUGGGUAGGCGAUCUGGCAGGGCAAGAAGCGAUUCUGGGUAUGGAUUUUAUGGUGCCUGCUGGAGUGCGGCUCGAUCUAGCGGAUGGCGCGCUAUGCCUACCAGAAGAAAUCCGCAUUCAUCUCGCAGGACGUCGCCCCGCGUACGGAUCGAAGAUACAACACAUAACGGCGAAGGACCAACACGUGGUGAUCCCGGUCGGAGAGUCAAGGGAAGUGAAGAUCGGUAUCGGAGGGGCUAAGAUGAAGUUGUGGGUCGCUAGAGGACUAGAUUGGGUCCCCACUGUGAUCUCGGGGUGGGGUAAGACGAAAUACCUGCAGAUGACCAACAUUGGCGACCGGGAGAUCAUACUGCCCACCCACACUAUAUUAGGCAUGUGGGUCGAAGGCGAUAUGGUACCGCGGACCCAAGGUUUGGUGACAGUCGGGUCGGGGAAGUACAAGGAAUGGCAAACUCUGGCAUAUGAGGCUACAACGGAUCGAGUGAACGAACUCCCGGAAGAACCGAUCGGACCAUUGGUAGAUCGUCCUACGUAUGCCGCUCCCAAACGCAUCUUGAAACGUCCGUCUGAUGCGUUACAGAACCUGUCUCCGGCGAUCUCCACGGUAACGUCGCAAGCUAACGAUGACGAUUCGCAAAAGGCAGAUGCUGUAGUUGCGAGGGAAGUAACGGUCAGGGGAGCCGAACUAUCGCGGAUGGAGAACGGUCAUGAGAUCGGUACCCAACAUGCAACGAAGGGAGACCGCGACACCGGUCAAGAAGGGCUACGUGACAGAUCGUCUCUACCGAAGGCUGAGCCGACUGACCGACUGUUGAAAUUGGGCCAGCCGGAAGAGACGAAGGAGCCUAAAGGAGAAAUAAUACUAAAUACUGAAGACGUCGAGAUUGCAGAAAUACCAGUUUAUCACCACGAGAGCGGAGAUUUGUUUGCGGAAGAUAUCGAGCAGCAUAUGGCCGUGCUACCAGAGAUGUCGGCGACUACGGAAGAAGUUACAAUUGAGGACAUUCAGAUCGGUGAUCCCGAUGUGCCUCUCACCACAGAUCAACAACGGCUCAGAUCGCUGAUCUGGAAGAGCCGUCACCUCCUCAUGGGUAAAGGUAAUGCUCUACCACCCGCAGCACGAGGCGCGAUCUGUGAUAUUGAUGUCGGUGGGGCAGCACCGAUAGCGCAAAAAGUGCGUCCGGUCGCACCCAAAUAUCGGGAGAAGCUGUCAGAUCUCAUCAAAGGACUAUUAGCAGCCAAAAUCGUUCAGCCAUUCACGUCACCUUGGGCGUCUCCGAUAGUGGUGAUCAUCAAGAAGAACGGAGUGGAUAUUCGCCUUUGCAUUGAUUAUCGAAGAGUUAACCAGCUGACGCGUCUGAUGGUUUAUCCCAUGCCGUUGAUCAGCGAUCUGUUGGAAGAUCUGGAUAAAGCUCUAUGGUACUGUUCGCUAGACAUGGCUAGUGGAUUUUGGGUCGUCGAAAUGACCGAACGAGCAAAACUGAUCUCAGCGUUUGUCACACCGUUUGGCUUGUUCGAGUGGCUGCGAAUGCCUUUUGGGCUUAAGAACGCGCCCCAGAUCUACCAACGUCUGGUGGACAAUGCGUUGUAUGGAUAUCUCAAGAUCGGCCAGAGAUCAGCUUCUGAUGGCCCGAUCGACGUGUUCAAAGAUGGAGAACCUGAGACAGAUCGACGACCGUCUAUACUGGGACGCCGAUCUUACAUUGACGAUAUUCUCAUACCAGCCGCGUCAUGGGGAUCUUUGUACACAAAAGUAGAACGGUUGCUGGAGGCAUGUGAUAAGUGGAAUCUGUCUAUCAGCCUUACGAAGAGUUUUUGGGGGUGCCGUAAGGUCGAUUAUUUGGGACAUCGAGUGUCUAUGGAUGGUCUGGAGGCUCAGCCCAAGAACCUAGAGUCGUUGGUUAACAUCCCGUUUCCUAGCACGCUACGAGCUAUGCAAUCCUUUCUCGGGAGCUUGAACUACUACCGUCGCUUCAUUGAGGAUUUCGCGGUGUAUGCCGCGGUGUUGUAUGAGUUAAGAGAAUCGGAUUUCUUCGAGAUCGGCCGAUCUCAGCUUGCAGCAGGAGACGAAUGCUCCAACGAGGGUCGAUGGACGGAAGCCAAGGUUGCUUUCACUAUGCUAAAAGCUAAGAUAGCUACAGCUCCCAUGCUCAAGCAUUUCGACCCAGAUCGGUCCCCCGUAAUCGUGGUCUACGCUAGCAAGUGGGCUGUCUCAGCGGCCCUGAUACAGGAGUACGAUGGCGUGUACCAUCCGGUGACGUUUACUAGCCGCACUUUAAAGCCUAAUGAGCUUAACUACGGAAUGGUAGAAAAAGAAGUUCUGGCGCUACUUCGUGUGUUGGAUGUAUGCUAUACUACGCUUGCCUCGCGGGAGAUCACUGUACUGACCCGACAUUCUACGUUAGCCUGGUUGAUGCAGUCUCGAUAG